UUACAAGAAAAUGACUUCUCCAUUUUUUGUUUUGUAUGUGACAUGUCUGCUCUUGGGGAGAACGGCUUACAUUACAGCUGUGAAGACAUCAUCAUCUUCACACUUUGUAUCAGUUAAUGUUGGUACAGACGUGACUUUGGAAUGUUUCUUUGAAGAUAAUGCUGCAGUGAUGUUUUACUGGUAUAAACAAACUCUGGGAUUGCAGCCAAAGCUGAUGUCUAGAUACUAUAAGCAUGACAAAAAUGGCAGUCUUCAGGGUGAAUUUAAGAAUGAUCCACACUUAAAACUGGAAACUAGCCCUGGUAAAAAUCACUUGAAGAUUUCAGGUGCAGAAAAUUCCGACUCAGCUACUUACUACUGCAUAAGUGGUUAUUCGAAUGUGUAUGAUUUUUUAGAGAGUAUUAUUGUGAGUGUAAAGGGUUCAGGUUUGAACAUCAGAGCUAAGGUCCAUCAGUCGGCAUCUGAGAGCAUCCAGCCAGGAGGCUCUGUGACUCUGAACUGUACAGUACACACUGGGACCUGUGAUGAUGGAGAACACAGUGUUUACUGGUUCAAAAACUCUGAAGAAUCUCAUCCAGGACUCAUUUACACACAUGGAGGCAGGAAUGAUCAGUGUGAGAGGAACACCAACACACAAACACACACCUGUGUCUACAACUUGCCGAUGAAGAGUCUGAAUCUUUCUCAUGCUGGGACCUACUACUGUGCUGUCGCCUCAUGUGGACAGAUACUGUUUGGAAAUGGGACCAAGCUGGAGUUUAAGCAUGAGGAGGACUCUCUUUUCUUGGUGUAUAUCUUGAGCGGAGCUUUGGCAUACACCAUCAUCAUGGUUGUCUUCUUGGCUUACACAAUAUAUAAAAUGUUGGCGACAAAUAGCUGCCAUUGCACAGGACUACUGUACCAAGAUGCAGAUAACCUCCAUUAUUCUUCUUUACAGGAGAGCAAGGUCAGCAGAUCAAAAAGACAGAGGGAUGACACCUGGACUGAAUGUGUGUAUUUCAGUGUGAGACAGUAG